GAAUAAUAUUGAGAAAUAGCAGGAGUUUGGAAUCCAGUAAGAGUCCAAUCUUCAGUAUCUCUGUUAUAUGAUCCAACCUCUCUGAGACUCUGAAAGUUUUGAUCUCUCCUCCUGGUGAAGCAGGGGCGGCAAGAACCUAAUACUUAGGAUAUUGUGGGGACAGAGAGGAAUACUGACUCCAGGUGGCCAGUGCAGUAGCAUAAAUGGUGAUGGUAGUGGUUAUAAUGGUCAUAGUAAUGAUGGCUGAACCGAAGAGUAACAUGCCAAUAAUUAUGAUACUACAGUUAAACUUCGGAACACACAGGUUUGUGUCAAAAGAAAAGAGAAUAACAUGUUUCAUCAUAUUUUAACCUUCACCGCACUUUGAACAGGCUGCUGAAUGACCUGAUCGUGUGCACCGUGAGAACAUCUCUGCUCCCUGUGAUCUCUUUACCAUAAGUUAAGACAGUGGAAAUGGGGAAUGGGACAACUGUCCAGGACUUUAUCCUGGAGGGAUUUCCUGCUGUCCAGCACCUGGGGAUCCUCCUCUUCUCAGUUCUCCUGCUGGCAUACCUGGCCUCCAUCACAGGAAAUGUAGUCAUCGUCUCCAUUGUCUGCACCAAUGCCCGUCUGAAAACCCCCAUGUACUUCUUCCUCGGCAUCUUCUCCUUCACUGAGUGUUGUUUUACCAGUACUGCCAUCCCUAAGUUGUUGGCUAUAUUUCUUUUAGGGAAACAAACAAUUUCCUUUGUCGCCUGUUUCAUACAAGCCUUUGUCUUUGUAUUUAUCGGGGCGUUUGGUUUUCUUCUCAUAGCUGUGAUGUCGGUGGACAGGUGUGUGGCUAUCUGCAGGCCUCUUCAUUACCCCACCAUCAUGAACCCGAGGACCUGCACCCUCCUAAUCAUGGCCUGCCUUACUACGACCUUCACCCUUAUCACUUGGGUGGUAGUGAAGGUAACCCAGUUAUCCUUCUGUGGCCCCCGUGUCAUCCCACACUUCUUCUGUGACCUCGGCCCUCUGAUCCGCCUCUCCUGCUCCGACACCAGCUCUGUGGAAACUCUGACUUUGGGUCUUGCUUUGCUUCUCCUUCUCUCGUCCCUCACUAUAACCAUCACUGCAUACAGCAGCAUAGUCGUCACGAUCGUGCGUCUCCCAUCAGCCAAGGAGAGACAGAAGGCUUUCUCCACCUGCUCCUCCCACCUCAUCGUCCUCUCGCUGAUGUUCGGCAGCUGUAUAUUUAUAUACGUGAAACCGAAGCAGUCAAGCAGGCUGGAAUCCAACAGAGAGGCUGCUCUCAUGAACACAGUGGUGACGCCGCUUCUGAACCCUGUCAUCUACACCCUGCGCAACAAGCAGGUCCACCAGGCUCUGAGAGAGACUGUGUGCAGAAUAAAAAUAUCAAGAUAAGAAAACAUUAUGUGUUCUUGGGGUGGAAACAAUCAGAAUUUUCCCCCCCAAUUUAGCAAGUGCACAAGCCUUAGCAUUUCAGAAUCACAGAAUUCACAUGCCUUCCAUGUAAAUAUCCCCAUAAAAUGCAGGUGUUUGUUAGCUCAUGCAUACACUUUAAUGCAGUGUGUGUGCCUAAUCCACCCUCCUUAUUCCACAUAUUUCUGGCAAUAGAUUUUUGUUUGUUUUUCGAGGCAGGGUUUCCCUGUGUAGUCCUAGCUGUCCUGGAACUUGCUCUAUGGACCAGAUUGGUCUCAAACUCACAAAGAUCUGCCUGACUCUGCCUCCUGAGUGAUGGAAUUAAAGGCAUGCACAACCACCACACAGCCUGGCAAUAGACUUUGAUUGCAAAAUCUAUUGAACUUUUUCAUUCAAGUGAUAGGAACUGCAUUUGAAUUUCUGAAAUGUAUUGAACUAUAUACCAUUUUAAUUGUGCUGUCUUCAAUUCAUUAGUACUUUUAGCAGAAAUAAUAAUUAUUUAGCAAUGAUGGUAAAAUUACUAAAAUAAUUAGUGAUUUUAUUUGAACUGAAGCUUUGAAAGUAUUAGUGGAAAUUACCAAUGCUUAGCCCUAUUCCCUCCAUGAAUAGUUGAAGGAAACAUGAUCACAGAAUCCUUUACCUUGUAAAAUAUGUGUUAUAGUGUACAUCAUCUCUAUUUCUCUUCUUAUAAUUUGGCUCAACUGUACAUGAAUGCCUCACUUCAAUGCUAAACUGAAAUACAUUAUCUGUGGUCUCAGUUCAUUCUCUAAAAUAUCAAAAUGGCUACUUCCUCCCACACCUGGCUAUAUUUUAUUACUUAUUUAUUUGUUAUUGAUUUCUAUGAUGAACCUGUUACUAAGAAAAAAUGUGUAUAAGCUGGCUGAAAGAGGUCACACUUAAAACUCAUUUAUAGGAGUUUCUUCAGAUUCAGGGGUGUAGAAUAUAAGUUAUUUACCUGCUUUGAGUUAUUAAUGAAAAUAAUUUAAACCAAUUAGACAUUGUUUUUCAUAGUAUAAUUGUGUUUGCAAUUACAGUUACCUUCUAAUUGAUAACCUACUAUAAACCCUGUUGCUCAGUUUUUAACUUUGCAUGCAUUUAGUCCCAAUUUCCAGGAUUUAAUAGGUCUGUCUUAUCUUCAGAAGAAAUACCUCUGAAAAGAUUAUGAUUCAUUAUUAUUUGUUUUUAAAUAAGAUAUCACUAUUGUGGGAGCCCAAAUUACUCAGGGUCAGAACCUGAGCUUGCUUUACUCAUCAGGGCUGCAUAAAGAGAUGAUUUGGCCACAGGCAUGUUUACUAGGUGUUUGGAAGGGUCUACACUUGGCUGUAUGGUGUGCUUUGAUCUUGCAAGGGGGAGAUCUUUUGUCUCUCCCCUUGUCAUAUUAUAAAAAUCCCUUUUGAAUAAACCUCUGGGCGGCUGGGUUUGGACCCAGCGCCCUCCUGAAGUUAUCCUGUGUCUGUCUUUCUUAUUGGUUUCUUUUAUCUUUCUAUCUAUCAUUUCCUCAUUCCUCUCUCCUCCACCCAAGAACCCUUUGAAAGGUGGGAGCAAGUGGGAGCUGGUCUUCCACAGUCUCCCACACACUAUGUGGUAGGUUUGGACUUUCACUCCUGAUUCUUCUGCUUUAGACACCUGAGUCGGGGGAUAACAGAAACAGGACACCUCACACAGAUCUUUUCUUUUAGCUGAACUAAAUCAUUUUACAACCACAAAUAAAAUUUUAUGAAAUUCCUUUAGGUUCAUGAUUGGCCUUUAAAGCCAUAAUUCAAAGUUCAUAUUUCACCCCAAACUCACAGGCACAGCCCAAACUCACAAACUCC